UGCAUCCUCCCUUCAUGUUCCCUAGAGCAACACUUCGGCUCUACUUUUAGUUAAGAAGUAAAACAUUGGAGAGAAAUAAUGGUGCGUCCACAGACAUAACUUGACUUGAAAUGAAGAACACGUACGACCAAUAAAUCAGGAUGCACUGGUUGUUUAUCCCCAUCUUAAGUCUGCUUGUUUCCGUUCAGAGCUUGUUACUAGCAUUUAGAGUGAAAAGCAGAAGUCGGCCAUAUGAUAAGUUGUACUAUGAGUAUUUUUCCCGUCGCCUGGAUUGGAAGGCUGCAGAGGAACUGUGCGAGCAGCAAUCCGGGACCUUAGCCACUGUAUCCAACUCGGCAGAGAACCAACAGCUAACCAGCAUCUUAAAAUACUGGAAUAUCUCUCAUCCUGUUUGGAUUGGUAGGAAAAUCUUAACACAUCAAAAAAAAGAUUCCUCCAUGAUAUUGAUCCUGGAUUUCUCCAGGUCCUCGAAUCAGACAUAUGUCCGCCUCCUGCACAAGUUCCCCUCCAUGAGCUCAGUGACUAUUUGCACCCAACUACGCUUCAAUCCAAACAGCUUUGGAAUUUCCACAAUCUUUUCUCAUUCCGUCAAUGACUUCCAGCUCCGCGCAAACCUGGCCCAGGGAAGGCCUGUGCAGCUGGCUCUGCUGAUCCACGGUAAACAAGGGUCGUAUGUUGAGGCUUUCGAACAUGACUACUCCUGGCAUUCUGUGUGUGUUUCCUGGAGCCAGGAUGGCAGACGCUGGGCCCUGUAUGCUCACGGUCACUUGGUUUCAAGCGGAAAUGGCGUUAACAGUAAUGAUGACAUCAUUGGCCCAAAUGGCUCUUUCAUUCUUGGUGAGAGGCAGAAUGGAGGCUCUUUUAUGUCCAAUGACUCAUUCAGGGGGAACAUCACUGAGCUGCACAUUUGGGAUCGGGUUUUGAGCAGCUGUGAAAUACUCACCAUGGAAAAUGAAUGCUCAACCAUCUCCUCUGGGCUGGUGUUGAGGUGGAGUGAAGCAUCUCUGGAAAUAGAGGGCUCUCUUGAACGUCUGCAGGGGAACAGCCCGUGUCAAGAAAAAUUCACUGAUUUCAAGGUGGAUUUAUUCAGUUCCUCGUUGGAUGGGACGUCUUGGCAAAAUCAAACUUUAACAGUUGGAGUGUUGCAGAGAAAGAUGGUUCAUGAAGAUUGUAGAGUCUUUGACCCUGUUACGGAGAGCUGUGGCGUAGAAAAUUGCAGCUCAUACAUAGGAGUUAUCUGUCAGUUUAAGAAAGAAAAGUACACCUUACCAAAGUCCCCUUUUGUCAGUAGACUGAGCGAAGAUCCAAAGAUUAGGCAGGUAAUGGAGGAGCUAAGUGUCAACACCUCCCGAGACAUAGAUCUGACCUCCCUGCAGCAGCUGACUCAGGCUGCCCUGUAUGCAAUAGAAGCUGAUGGUCCUCGCCCCUUAACCUCGAGUGACAUCCUCUACCUCUCUCAGGUGAUUGAUAGCACUGCAGCCAGUGCCCGUUCUGCAGGAGCCAAUACAGCAGAGGUCAUGGUGUCCAUUGCUACAAACUAUUUAAACCUUGCAAGUAUGAUGCUUGAGCCGCACAUGGCUACCCAGUGGAUUGGGUGGACUGAGGACGGGGUCAACAUAGGACCAUUUACAAUUAUCAAGAGCAUUGAUGGUCUCACUGAAGCUCUUGCAGACACACUUUCUGCGGAGCAAAGAGAUUUCACUCUUUCUACUAAAAACAUAGAUGUUUACCUGAAGUGGCAAAAACUUUCUCACAAGAGCAGUAAUCAGGUCUUCAAGCUGUCUGCAGUCACCUCUCACAUCCCUAGCAGAAGUAGUCAUGAUGAGCUGAUUAUCCCAGACUAUGAACUCCAGCGGAUAUACAAACUGGGAUAUAAAGAAGUGAUGUUUAUUCAUACUUACUACAGCCACCUCAGUGAGGUUGUGUCUGCAGGAGAGAAACCUGCAGAAAGUCAGCAAGACAAAGCACAAAGUACUCUUCCGGGCAAACUAACCUCUGCUGUCAUAUCAUCGACCGUCCGAGAUGUCUCGAAGGGCCAAACCGUCCCUGUGGUCGUCCAGUACACCCUUUCAUCUUCACAAGUGGAAGAGUAUUCCUGGAGAGUUCCUCGUGUUUGUGCAUUUUGGAAUUUUAGCCGGAUGCAUAGUCAGACAAGUAGCUGGUCCAGUGAUGGUUGCUCUGUGAUCUUUGUCGGCUCUGGUGUCACCUCAUGUCUGUGUAACCAUACGACCAACUUUGCAGUCCUGAUGAAUUACUUUGAAUCUAAGUGGAAUCCUGCAGAAGAGCUCAUUUUAACCAAGCUUACUUUCAUCGGCUGUGGGGCAUCUCUCUGCGCGCUGGUGGUGACCUUGAUGCUCUUUACUGUCCUGGACAUCCCUAAAUCAGACAGAACCUCCAUCCAUAAAAACCUAUUUGUAGCUCUGAUCUGUGCCCAGGUGAUUCUGCUCUGCAGUGGCUCAGCAAUUCACAGCAAGGUGGCGUGCACACUUGUCGCUGCGCUGCUUCAUCUCUUCUUCAUGGCAGCUUUCAGCUGGAUGCUAGUCGAAGGGCUGCUGCUCUGGAGCAAAGUAGUUGCAGUCAACCUCAGUGAGGAUCAUCAUAUGAAAUAUUACUAUCUCAUCGGCUGGGGUCUGCCUGUGCUGAUAGUCACCAUCACUCUUGCAUCAGCCUCAGGCAAAUACUCAGCUGAUGACUACUGUUGGCUCAGUGUCCAGAACGGCAUCAUCUGGGGAUUCGUUGGGCCUGUCAUCUUCAUCAUAAUGGUCAAUAUCUUGGUUCUGACCAGGGUGAUAAUGAUCACCAUUUCCACAGCAAAAAGAAGGUCCAUCAUGCUUGCCUUGGGCAUGAGUCCUACUGAGCAAGCCUACGAGCAGAUCAGGGCCGCAGUGAAAGCGGUGUUGGUGUUGCUGCCAAUCCUCGGACUGACAUGGGUCUUUGGCGUUUUGGUACCAUUUUCCAUUGUCAUGGCCUACCUCUUCAUUCUUCUCAAUUCCCUACAGGGCCUGUUCAUCUUUCUGAUAUAUGGGGUGUACAACACAGAGGUUUGGAGUACUGUCAACAGGAUCAAGGAGAGAAGAAAAGCCCUUAAUUUUUCUAACUGUGCCAGCUCUCGGCCAUCUAGCUCAGUGACCACCUCACGUCCUCUAAGUUAUCCACUUGGAUCAACCCCAAGCCAGGAGGAGGAGGCCUACCCAUGCAACAACAUGCCAUGCCCCAGGAUGGAGGAGGAGAGAAGCAGAGGUCAGUUAACCAGUCCAUGUGCUGAGGAAUCAUCCACAUUGGCUCAGCUGGAUAGAAAGGUGCCCCCUCCUAUAGAAGUGGACGCCUUGCCAGCUGGAUGCAGUCUUCAUGUUCCUAUGGACGUUGAGUUUGCCGCUACCUGUUAUCCUUGCAUUCCUCCACCCUAGAUAAACUCUGUAAAGAGCGACCUGACUGGUUUAAUGAUAUGUGUGGUUAAAAUCCUUGUAUUUUCUAAUAGAUGUUUUCUUUUUUCUAUCAUCCUCUUUUUAAACUAUUCUAUUCAAUCAGUGAUAGUGUAAAAAUAGGAGAACUCAUAUGUGUUUGUAACAGUUACAUUACUUUUUCUGAACAAAAACUGAAGUACUUUAACACUCAUUUUACGAUGUACUGGGUGAUAUAUAAGCAUAAUACCUUAAGUGUAUGUUUAGUCUAGUGUUUUUUUAACUAUAAAACAAUGUUUAGUAACAAAGUAAGUUUUUGUCUGUAAGAUCCUUUGGUUUUCUUGCUGUUUCUUCCUAACAGUUACUAUAUACAGUAUUUAAUUGCACAGGUCUUGUUUUGAAUUAGUUGGGAAUAUUUUUCUCAAGAGUUUUGCAACCCUUGUAACUUGUAUUUUUAAACAAUUAACUAUGACCCACAAUGUGACAGAAGCUGAAAUAAACAUUGAGCAACGGGA